AUGUCAAAAGUAACAAAAGAGCCUCUUUUUACUGAAGAGAUCGAUAAGAUUAUCACAGAUUGCAUGAUAGAUCAAGAAUAUGAAACCCUAUAUCCAAAUAACCCUUUCGCGGAGAUUAAAAAAGUAAUUCCUAAAUAUAAAGCUAAAAGAAUUAGGCAGCGCUGGGUAGAUAAACUCAAGCCCGGACUUAAUCGCGACCCUCUUAACAAGAAAGAAAAAGAAUUUGUCGUUCAAUGGAUUAAAAAGAACCUAGGCUCGAAUGACGAAAUCAAAUGGAAAGUCUUAAUCUCCGAUAUGGAAGAAGAAUUCCAUACAUUGCGUCCUGAUAAUAUACCAAAAAACUAUUGGUAUGCGCUAAAAAGAAAUCUUCUAUCCAAGAUCUCUCAUAAUGAAGAGUUAACCCCUUUGCAAAUUUUAAGCUUGUUAUCUCCAAAUCCCCAGUUAACUGGUUAA